AUCAUCUGCGCUCCAUAUCAAUCCACUGCCGUUUUGUGCUUUCGCUGUCCGUACCAAUUUCACAAGGCAAAGAAAAGAAUAGUCAGAAAAAUCUCUCCCAAUCUCUCUCCCUCUCUCUCUCUCUUUGUUGAAUCUUCAAAAGACGUCUUCACGACACGCCACCGAGCUCCAUCCAACCGGAAGAAUUUUUCUCUGUUUUUUUUUUUUUUCCUUUUUCAAUCUGUAUUCUGUGGUUUAGUUCACUCUGUUUUACUAUGCCGCAAGUGGAUCUGGAAACUCUGGUUUCUGCAUGUGCCGGCGGCGGUGCUCACGACCGGAAAAUCGCCUGUGAGGAAGCUUUGGCCGAUGGAGAUCACCGGCAGGAAGAUGAGAACAGAGAAGUGACGGAGCAACCGGAGGUUACUCCGGAUGUUCCACCGGAAUCGUUUUGGCUUUCGAAGGAUGCGGAGUACGAUUGGUUAGAUCAGAACGCUUUUUACGAGCGGAAAGAUUCAACAAAAGGAAGUUCGAAUUCCACGAAUCUGAAUCCUAGUGUGAAUCCAGUAACUAAUUCGAAUUCUCAGCGGUUUUCGUUGAAUUUCAAAUCCAAGGCCUCGAUUCUAGGUCUUCCGAAGCUUCAUAAGGCUUUCUUUGUGGAUACGAAGAAUCGUCGCAAUUCGAAAUCUGGAAACUCGAGGUUGUUCCCUAAACAAUCGGGAUCCUCCGGAAAAUCGGACUCUGCGCUAGUCGAACCGUCGUCGCCGAAAGUUUCGUGUAUGGGGAGAGUGAGAUCGAAGCGAGAUCGGAGUCGCCAGUGGAAGAAUCGCCGCCAUCCCUCCGAACCAGCGCCGCCGCAGGAAAAUCCAGACAGAAAAGACUCCAAACGCGGCUUCUUUUCGCCUUUACGGUCUCUUUUCCGAGGUUGGAAAAAACCUCCAGCGGUUAAAAUAACCUCUCCAGUAGCCGGAAACCCGCCGGCAACGAAAGCGUCUGAUAAGAUCACGCUCAACAUCGAAGCACUAACGCCGGAAUCUCAUCCUAGAAGGAGCGUGGAGAUCGAACCGCCCGGUUUGGGCGGUGUUAAGCGGUACGCAUCGGGAAGGCGGUCAGGAUCCUGGGUUGUCGGCGACGGUGAGUAAUCGCCGGCCGACGGAGUCUGCUACUCUGAGCUUCUCGGUACCUUGUGGCGUGGGAUGUCGGCGGGGCCAUCGGGAUUAGGUGGACUAAUGGUGGGCCCACGUUUUUUUGUUCGUAUCGUGGACGGAUGACGUGGCACUUUGAUUUAACCGUCCUCAUCUCACUCUCGUGCUUCACAAGUAAAUUAUUUAAACGAUCCCUACGGGUUUCGACAUGUAAUUUUGCCUCUCCUUCUUGCAGUUAUUUUUCAAUGUCAUUUCUUGCAUGCAACGGUGCCGUUUUGUAAAUACAAAUUGUGUGUGAUUAUUUAUUAUUUGGGUUUUCGUUUU